GUGAUUUUCCCUACCGCAAUCCAAUAAGAAGUCGAGGGGCCCCCGCAUAAAACGGCUGUGCUGUGCAUACCUACCUACAUUAGAUAAGAUGCAAGCCACUCACUUACUUACUCACCUGAUUACUCCUUGCUUACCUACUUACUUACUCACAUCCCUUCCUCCCCCACAAAACCCAGAAGCACCAACAUCCAAAUCUCCAAACUUUCAUCAAGUAUUUACAAACUUCCAGAUAUCAAAGGUAUACCCCUCAUCUAACAACAACAAAAGCACACAAAUCCUAACGAUCUCGCUAUCACAGUCUAUAACUAAAAUCCCUCACCAUGCCAUCCAUCAACGAGCAACCCACCCAAGUCACCGAACAAAUGACGAUCGAAACUCCCACCAUUGAGACGGCCCAACCAGUAAGUUCCCCUUCCUAUCCAUCCAUCUCAUCAAACCUUCAACAAACAAACAAAACAAGUAAACAAACCAUCUAAUACCCUCAGAUCGCCACCCCAGGAAUGACCAGCGAAGUCUCCAUGCGCGGAGGUGAAGAAGCAGGCUGCGACUGCUGCUGCUGCGGCUGCGAAGAAUCAUGCUGCUAAACCCCUGGCCUUCCUCGGACUCAAAUUCCUCCAGACGAAAAACACUCCGUCAAUCACUUCGAUCCCAUGA